AUGAAAUCAAGUGAUUCUGCUGCGACUAUGGAAGGAGGUGAUUCCAUCACCUCAUCACCAAAAACCCCAUCCCAUCAACUUGAUACGGGUCAGCCUGAGAUAGAGCUAUGCAAAGAUGCCUCCUCCCAUCAGCCCACCAGCUGGCUCAAACUGACCGCCGAUAUCCAUGAGAAAUCGUGCGAGACACCUCAUCCUGACCCCGUUCCAACCUCCGGCGCUGAUUUAGUCAAUCGACCAAGAACACCAACAGAGGCGGAACCGAAGCCAUUGUUUCUCUCCAAUGCAGACGACGCUCCCACGGAGCUGCAGCCUAAUGUACUGCCUCCAUCCAGUGGCCAUGGAUCAGCUACCGAUGCCGAGAAUGCACAGCCGAAGUGA